AAGUGACUUUGUGGAGUAACAUGUAUCGUAGCAGCAGUUUUAUUUUAUUGGCUUUGUUUGCCAGCAGUGCCUUUGGCAGUGUCAUCAUGCCUCGCCUUGUUCCUGAUUUGGAAGGUCGUGUCGUAGGCGGAGAAGACACCACCAUUGAGGAAUUUCCCCACCAGGUGUCGGUGAGAAUUUUGGGUGGCCACUCCUGCGGUGGCAGUAUUAUCAACUCUCGUACCGUUCUCACUGCUGCCCAUUGCAUUUACACCUUUUUGGGCCCCAGUUCCUAUACCAUUCAGUAUGGCGUCACUAAUGUGGGAGGUACCACCAAUGUCAUCAACGUGGAACGCAUUGUCAGACAUCCCGGAUACAAUUCGGCUACCAUUGACAACGAUGUUGCCCUGCUCUUUUUGUCGUCUGAUAUAACUUUUGGCCCUAACGCUCGUCCCAUUGAGAUGGCAACUUCUUCUCCCGAUGCUGGAACUCCUGCUAUCGUCUCCGGAUGGGGUACUUUGGAAGAGAAUGGUGCAACUCCUACCAUUUUGCAACAAGCCGGCGUCUUCAUUGUCUCCAAUGAAAAAUGCAGACAGCAAUAUGAAGGUGUCAAUUACAUUUCCAAUGUCAUGUUGUGCGCCGCUGUCGAUAAUGGUGGCAAAGAUGCUUGCCAAGGUGAUUCCGGUGGCCCAUUGAUUGCCAACGGUAAGUUGGUCGGCAUUGUUUCCUGGGGUGUUGGAUGUGCCCGUCCUGAUUAUUCCGGCGUUUACUCCAAUGUUGCUAACCUAUUGGAAUGGAUUGAGUCCAAUAUGAAUUAAAGCAAGCCAAAAAGCCUAAAACUGGGCCUUGCUUAAAGAGGGUUAAUGAAAAAAAAAACGUAAUACUCCUUGUCAUAGACUACGAAGAAUUACAAAAAAGUUUAUCGAAUUUUCGAGAAAAAAAAAUGAAUUUUUCAAUACAGAUU